GGGAGGUUGGGACGGGCAAAGGAAAAAGACUUUUUUUUACUAGAAAGAUUUCGGGUGUAUUCCGAAAUGCACAUCAGUAUACUGGGCAGUGGUAAUAACGUCACGAAUCCGACGCCUUCGCGCCAUAUUGUUCUGGUAUACUACCAAAUUUUUACCGAGAAAUGAACAAUAAUGGUAUCCGAACAAAAAGAAUUCCUUUUAAUUGAUGAGGGGAAUAAAAAAUCUUUUCAAUUCGCACUAUUUUUAAUAUUUCGUCGAUUAAUGACGUCAGUGCACUGGCCAAUGUAUUUCGGAACAAUUGACCAGUAUAGCGUCAAUCCAUGACGUCAUUAGCACUGGCCAGUAUGCUGGUAUAUAUUACGGAAUACACCCUUAAUGCGUGAUGACAGUUAUUUGACAGUGACAGCUGAAGCUUUGUUGCUGGGACCUGGAGCUCGAACUGGGACAUUCGUAAAUCUAGAAAUGGAAAUAAAUACUAAUUUAUGCUUUUCAAUAUAGUUAGAGAAUUAUCAUCAAUAAUAAUAUCUAAUUUUAAUUUAAUAAAAUACAUUAAAGUGUUAGGACUCAGAAUUUGACCCGAUUUUAGGCAAAAAGUUAAGACUGUCAUGUUCGUCUUCUAAAAUUUAUCAAACAUAAGUUUUAUUGUCAUAAAUACUAACAGUGCAAUGUUUAAAGUUCUAUGUUAUUCGAAUGUGUAUGGCGAUGAAUUUACAAACAUUAUUUCAGGAUUUUAAUCCUAGCAAGUUUGUAGUACAUACUUGUCUUCUUAUUUUUACUGCAUUACUAGCUUUGAAACUAGACAACUCAAUAACAUGGUCCUACUGGGCUGUUUUUACACCAAUAUGGGUGUGGAAGUUCCUAGUAGUUAUUGGUGCUACAGUUGGCACAUAUGUUUGGUGGCAAUAUCCUCAUUUCAGGUUGGAGGGUGAGGCAUACAUCCACUAUAAAGCAAUGCUAAUAAGUCUUGCCAUACAUUUAAUUUUGCUCAUGUUUGAGUUAUUAGUUUGUGACCAAUUGACUACAAAGCGCCAUGUUUGGAUAUUGGUCUUUAUACCAUUGAUCUUCAUCAGUAUAGUAUCAAUUGCUAUCUGUAUAUGGUCAGUAAAACAUGAUCGAAGUUAUGAGCUGGAAUUGUUCUGUGCUGUAAACAUCCUGCAAUUUAUAUUUCUGGCUUUAAAGUUGGAUGAGUUCAUCAAUUGGUCAUGGGAAGUUGUGUUUGUGCCUUUAUGGAUUCUCAUGUGUCUCAGCCUAGUAGGUGAGUGGGUGCUGUAUAGUAUAAUAUUUGCGGGGAUCUUGCUGCGCACACCGGAAGUCAACAUUCAACAAAGGCGUACUAGUUUCAACUCCGCAUUAGCUUACACCUUCACUGUCGUGCCCAUCUUAGUUUUUCAGGUGCUAUUAACAAACAAGUUAGACGAUGGUCUGGCCCUCUCCUACACUGUCGUGGUGAGCCCUCUGUUCGUCAGCUAUGCCACUCUGAUCAUCAUGUCAUUCAGCUCCAAGGGAGGAAACAAAUGGUGGUUUGGUAUCAGAAAGGAUUUCUGUCAGUUUUUACUGUCGGUAUUCCCAUUGCUGCAAGAGUACGCUAAUAUUGCAUAUAGCAACACAACCCGAGGCUCCAACGCUGUGCCCGCGGAGCCCCCCACAAACCAGGAGCCUUACAGGGACGAAGAUACCCACAAAAAGGUCAAAGACAACAAAAAGUCCCACAAAAACCAGAAGAAAAACGAAGCUAUGAAACCAGUUGUGCCUGUUACGAGUAUUGAUAUGCCAGAUUGAUUCUAUUUGUGGCUUUAAGAUGUGUGUUCACUUGUUAGUACUCCCUCUUGUAAAUAUCGGGCUUCAUGUGUAACAAAGCAAUAUAAAACUCCUUGUUAUGUUUGAAAUUAGCGGUAAGCUAUCUUCAUGUGUAGAUUUAGAAAUAUUUAAGGUCCUAUUUUAUUAAUUACAGGCGAGCCGUUCUGGUUUCACACCAGUGUAGUAAGAAAUCUGCUAAUGAAGUGUUAUGUAUACAGAUUUCAGAACAGCAUACGAUCCCAAUUCGUGAAUAUUCAUGUAUUUUUUGUUAAUGAUAUAAUGAAAUGUUGAUGUUGUAAAUUAUGAAUGCAGCAAACAAAAAACUGUCAUAUGUAGCCAUUCUUUAUCUUCAUAUGAUAUCAACUACCAAUAGGUUUAAUGCAAUUUCGUGUGGUAAAAGGUCUUAGAUAAAUUAGUUUAAUAGUGAACACAAUUUCGCCUAUAUGUUAGCUAAUAUUUUAAUUUUCAAAACUUACAUUGAAAUAAAUAUCUAUGUAAAAGUAACUUGGAAAAAUGAAAUUUUACAAUAGCGUUAUUUUUAACAAAUAAUAUUCAUUAAAACUGCUUACAUAUAUAAAUUACAUUUUUAUAUUUCGAUCUGCUUCUGAUGUUUUGUUUAGUGUAGUAAAUAGGACCUAAGAUAAACAGAUACAUAUAUAAUUACUAACCGGUUGGUGAAGAUGACUUUUAGUUAUGAUUAUUUGUAGUAUUAGUUGUUAACAUUGAAACUUGUACAGUUGUUGCUGUUUGAAAUGGAUAAAUAAAAAAAAUAUAGGUCUGCGUAUUAUAUUAUAUUUCAGAACAGUCGUAGGUAAGUAUAUCUUUGUUUCAAUUAAAAAAGAGAUAAAUAAAAGAUUAUAAAAUGGUAAUUAACACCAAUGAGGAUCAGAUCAGCAAAUCAUCUCAAAAUCAAUAGUAUAAUGAUCUAAUAAGCUUUUUAAUUAAUAUACUUUUUUAAUUCAUUGAAGUCGGUUCAUUCGUUGUAAUGUUAUAACUAAUUUUAUGGUCAAUAUUUACCGGCAGCCGAAACAUGUGACGUCACAGAGCUCGAUCGUGGUUCACUCCGGUCGAACUUCAGUAGCUUCUCUACGCACGCUCGAGCCCGAGCGCUAGAGCUCCGUGACGUCACGAAAAUUCGUUAUUAAUUUGAUCAUAACUUAGUUAGUAUUUGUCGUAGAAGAAAAAUUUAACCACUGUAUUUUAUGGAAUCCUUAGCUCUAUAAAUCUCCCAAGCAGCAUCACAAGCUGUAUAACAGCUCUAUUAAAGUUCAUUUAUACUCUUAAUGCUGUAUCUCUUGGCCGCAUAAAGGCUGUAUAAGCGCUUAUACAGCCCUUAUACCCCUGAAAUUGGCACAAAUUAUACAGCGUUUUGCCCUAUAUUAGCUGUACAGUAGCUGUAUAAGCAUAAAAUAGGCUGCAUAAUAGACGUUUUGCGGCUGUACUAUGGUGUUCGAGGAAACCAAUACACUCCAAUUACUACAUUGUAAUUCACUUGUUAAGCUUUACGUUGUAAAAAGUCUGUUGAACAGGGUUACAAAAGAAUUAAAACGAAACAGAAGAUAUAUUUUAAUGAUGGCGUUUAUAAUCACUUUGAUCAAAGUGACAUUUAUUAUAAACGCUUUGUGUUUAAAGAUUUGGAGAUUCGAUAGGCGCAGGAUACAGUGCAUUAUCGUGCAAAAAUAAAUUUAUUGUGAACAUAUAUAUGUUUUGUGAUAAAAAAUAAACGCGCCAGCAAAACAACCAAGGAAGAGAUAUUAGAUAAGGUUAUUAAAUAUGGUUUUUAUAGGUUAGAAUUUAAAAAUGUUUGAAUUAAUGGACGUUGAGCCUCAUUGGUACAUAGUAGGUUAUUGGACAAACUGAAAAUAUUGAUAAACAUAAAAAUAUUAGUCUAAUUUUUAUGUACUCAUGUUCGUAAUCUUCGAUUUGUAAUUGAUAAAAUGGCGACAAUUUGCUAAGCAGCCUAAAUUCUAUUUUGAUGGUAUUAUAGCAGUAGUAGCUGUACUAUGUAGGUAAUGGAUACUAGUAUUCAGCUUUUAGCGGUUGAUGGGCUGUAUAAACGAAUAAAUUUACUAUUAAUGUUGCAUAGCAGUGUUUCAAACAUAACCUGUAACUCUUUCUAGGGAUAUGUAAUAUUAAGUGAAAAACCAAAAUGCACUGAGAGAUCACACCACGUUUUCGAAAAUAAAGUAUUAAAGUUAUUUUUUAGAAAUUUCAAAGCAAUUAUUGUAGAUUUGCGUCCUAGAAUUUGUAAAGAAAUAAAUAAAGUGAUUCUCAUAGUUCAUUACUUAAGUGAAAGAAAAGUAGUAGCAUUACUUAAAUGAAUUGCAAUAUUUUUAUAUUUAUGCAUAAUGAUUCACUUAUAUUCUACUGUUUCAAUUCUAUUACCUUUAAUGUAAGCUCUCGCAGGAGAAUCUCAUAUAAAACAUCUUAUUCCUAUAGAUACUUUACUCUUGAUUUGUUCAACGUACAUUCCAUUUUUAAUUAGGUUGUCAAUUUCGUUUACAAAAUCAUUUAAAUAUUCGUUAAUUUGCUUUGGUUUUCCAACACCAAAAUAAAUACCAAUCACCAACGGUUUUACAUCAGGUCUUUCAAAUAUAGCACAUAAAAUCGGCUAAAACUCUUUAUUAGAACUAUUAAAUAUUGGAAGACCGACAAAAUUGAAAUUCAAACAAAUUUUACUCGGAACGUCAACCCAUUUUUCUAAUAUAUUUUUUAAAGAUUUAGUUAGGCCGUUAUGCCAAUAUUCACCUCCUUGAAUCGGUUUGAUUUGUAUUUGCUUUGCAGUACCUAAAAUUGUUCUGGCAUCGCAUGGUAAAAUUCCUGGAAAUCUUAAGUUUAUGAUAGUAGCUAAAUCAUUCAAUUCUUCUUUCUCUGGCCCAAUUCUGUAUUUGUUGGCGAAAUAAUAAUUUUUUUUCAUAUUCACUUUCGCCGUCACUUGAACUGCUGCAUGAUUAAAUGUCAUAAGUUGCAGAAGGUAAAGCUAAUCUACACCUGAUAUAAAUAUGAUCAUUCACAAUAUUUUCUACGGAACCCCUUUCAUUAGAUGUCGACAGUAUUGACGCUUGACUGUAGGUGAUCUGAUCUGUUGCAAUAUCUCCAUGUUCCUCGGCAGUAAUUUCAUUUUGUUGAUAAUUUGUAAUAUUUAAAUAUUCCUGUUCAAUCUUUCUUCUAAUAGCACCAAAUCUUUUUCGCUUUUUCCACAUAUUUAUAAAACAAUCACAAAAAACAGCAUACAAUGCACAAUAAUCCAAAAUGGCGACUCUGUCACUUAUACAGAUUAAAGCUGUACUAUAGGCGUUAUUUAUUUAUAUUGCUGUCUAUUACUCCCAAAAGACAGAAAUAAGACAGCUAUCGUCUGUAAAAGGGUGAACAAUUACACCAAAAAAAGAAGCUGUAGAAGAGAGUUUGCCUACUUCAUAAUACAGAAAUAAGAUUUCAGGACCACCAUAAUACAGCUCUAAGCUGUAUUAAGUAAGUGACGGUAUGCAAAAUGCAGCUAUUGUACAGCUUUCAUACUAAAAUGAGAUUAAAGCGUUACAGGAAACUUAAAGCUGUACAUGACAUUUAUCAUUCACUAAUUUAGAACUUUAAGCGUACUUUGACUCCUUAAUACAAACUUAAUACAGUUAGAGCUGAAUAAUUACUCCUAAACCGACAUUAUAACACUAUAAUGUCUUUUCAACGUUCUUAUACAGCUGUAAAACAGCGUUAAGUGCUAUAUUGGCUGCUUUUUAGGUGUUCAUUACGCUUGGUUGCUGCUUGGGCUGCAUUCUCAACUAAAAUCGUUACGGAUCCUCAUUGUACAGAAUCUUCAGUUAUACUGGUUAAUGUUUAAGCACACAGCUCUUUCGAAUAAACUAUGAACUUGGGCCUUGCAUGCCUUCAAUCAAGGUGAAAAUUACUUCACUUCCCAAUCUAUAUUCACAUCUUCUGAGUGAGAAAAUUACCGAGUUUCAUUUCAGAGGACCUACCGCCUAGAGGUAUUGUUAUGGCUAUAGCUUAUGAUUUCAUUUUGUUAUUUCUCGCCGCCGAAGGUUUUCAAAUGCCUCGCGCGCUUUUUUUCUUUUGCAUUGUUAAUAACAAUAUUAAAGAAAUUGAGCCUAAGGUAUUUGAAAACAUUCGGCGGUCUGAAGUAACAAGGAAAACGAAAGCGAUUGCCAUAGUCUCGUUAUGCGAUUGGCCCUCUGUUGUGAUGAUUCGUAGACCCAAAAAUCUUAAAAUAUAAAUAAUCCACAUUUUAAACUUGUACAUAGCUUUUGUUGAGUUACAGGGAGGAAACUGUUAAAUAUUAAAUCAAAUUAUGGAUGUACCAUUAAGUUUGUUAACUGUAUACCAGUUUAUGUUACGAGCUGUAGAUAUCGUAGUUAUAAUCAUCUAACGUAGGUGCUAUUGUUUUAGUAAGCUUUCAUGGGAAAACUUCUCAAGAAAAGUUCUACUUCGUUUCAUGUUACUUAUUAUGAAAUAACGAAUACUUUAUUUGUUAUAAGACGUGGUGGAAGUUACAAGUAAAACUCGUAAUUUCCAAUAUCGUAUGAGCUAAUGAUAAACAAGGCUCAUGUCCCUAAGGGUUACCACACAUGAUAAAGAACAUUAACUGUCGCUACCUCCUGGUUAUGUAAAAUAUCCCAUCCAACUUUGAAGAUCAAUAAUCUUUAAUAUUUUUUCCUGAUAUCUGAAAUGUAAGGCUUAUAUACCACACUUAUUAUAAAGAAAGAAUAAGCCCGGACUGAGUGAGUGAGAGAGUUAUGCACAUCACUCAAAUGACAUUUGUAAUUCGAUUAACAGACAAAAUACUGCUAUACUAUGUUCGCUGAAAACAGUCAAUGAAAUAACUUCUUUAUCACACAAUCGCUUACCAAAAAAGGAUGGAAACUGCUUCACGCAGGAUAGAAGGGCUGUUGUUGGAUUGGAGAUUUAACAUUAAUUUCAUUACUCCGAUGUUGACAGAAUAGUUUUCCAUUAGUAGAUUAGGUAAUGUUUUAACUUAUUCUCUAUUUGUUAAUAAGGGGGUAAGACACCAAUGAUUGUGCUAUCAAGAGCAUCUCUAACAAAUUGUGUUCAGUCCAAUGGACACCAUGUAUAAAUAUAUUAUUAAUUCGUUCGGGGUAUCACGUCAACUGCCACAUAUAUAUUUAUUUUCGGACGCGUAAGCUUUUUCGUUUCUUCCUGACCAUUUUGACAAUAUUUCUGUUAUAAACUACAGAAUCCAUGGUCAACAAAAAAAUAUAUAAAUCAAGUUUUGACAUUCAAACACAUGCUGUCUGACUUUGUAAAUAACUAGUAGUUUUAAUGAAAAAAAUAUGCGCAUAUAGAAAGCAAAUCGCGCCAUACUUACAUAAGUACUUUUUAGUAAUUCUGAUGCUCAUUUUCUUACUUUCUCAGUAUACUUUUAACCGACAAAAAAAAAGAGGAGAUUCUCAAUUAGGUUGUAAUUUUUUUCCUCGAGCUAAAUGUAAAUAUUUGGAUAAAUGACAAUAAUAUUUAUCAAAAAGAAAAUAAUGAAUUAUAUUGAUCAGUAAAUCGAAACAUUAAGAAGAGUUAAAAUGCCUCUGCAGGGCGUCACAUGUAUCCUUAGCAUAGUAUCCAAUAUAGGUCCCAUCCCAAAUGUAAUGUGACAUUAUAAUUAAUUCGGUGGCUAAACUGUACUUCCGGGGCCCAAGUGGUGACACUUCACGUUAGGUUAGGUUAUUAUUGUGACCGUAACGCGCGAGCCGAGCGAGUGAAGCGAAGCGAGCGUGCCGCGGCAGCGGCCGGCGAAGCGCCAGAAAAAAAAUGUAUUUAAAAGAGACCUUUCUUACAAAAAAAAUCAAGUAUCACCUCUUGGGCCCUGGAAGUACAGUUUUACCAAUUCGGUUUUUGUGAGGGCAAUACUCUAACAGAACACUCGGCCUGAUUAUGACUGCUAUUGUAUUGCUACUGCAGUAGCUCUUAUCAUACUUUUUUGUUAAACUUGCACGAAUGAGUUUAUUACCAAUAAUAGAAUUGCAAUAUUGUGUAUACUUAUAUAUUUAACUAUUUUAAUACAUAUCAUUGUAUGAAAGUUUGCUUUCAUUGUUCCUUAAUAUCGUGACAAGCCACUGUAAAAGUAGAAAGGGUUGUAAUUUAUUACAGUGUCGUGACAAUGACUAGGAUAUUUGUAACACAAUAUGCACACGCCCUAAAAGGAAUAGAAGGGGUCGACAAUGUUCUUCUGUAUUAUUAUUUUACUAUUCAGUUCCUGUAUAAACCGGAUAACGGGAAAAAAUGUUUCAUUACAUCAUACGUACUUAUUGUAUAACCCAUUAUAACCUAAUAAUCACUAUGAAUUCCUAGUAUGUUAAACUAUCAAACAUAAUAUUGUAUAACAGAAAGGAGAUUGGUAACACACAAAACGGAAAACUGUGUAACAACAAAAGAAGUGAGAAUCGCACUAAGUACAUGUUUACUAACUUCUUUAAAAAAUAAAUUUCUAUAAUAGAAGGGAAGGGUGUGGACUCUUUAACGUUGUAGGGCGUAAUUUCUGGAUAUGCUGGAUCGAUUUUGAGAAUUGUUUACCAAUAGAAAGCCACGUCAUUUGUGCGUGUUAUUGACUAUAUAAACCCGAAAGAUGAAAAUACUUUAACGCGGGCGAAGCCGCGGGCGGUCGCUAGUACAUUUAUAAAGGCCCUUUUAUCUAAGCUCACAGUGGGUCAAUCCAAAUGACUACUAACUAGUCUAAAUUUGGUGCAAUUAUACUGACAACCUGCACCUUGGUGUAAAUUGACUUUUAGAAUUACUUAAACGUAUUCACGUUUACUGUGAUAUCAUCUUCCUAUCGCAAUUUAAAACAAAUUAUAGAAUUUAAGUGAAUGUUUUGUUAAAAUUAUGUUGUAAAUGUUGAACGAUUAUAGUAACUCCUAUUUUUGUCGCAAUUAAAGUGUCAACUGUAC